UUUGACUAUGCAUUUAUUGGGCAUUCGUUUUCAAGGAGCUUGGGAAUUUUAGGAUACAAUUUUGGAGGGCCUAUCAUGUAAAUAGCGUGUGGAAAUGGAGCGUCAUCUGUGACUGUGACGAGCGGCCCCUGUAACUUCAAAUCAUCUGCCCCCCUUUUCAAUUCAGGAUCUCUGUUUUCUUUUUUGCGCCACCGCACGAAGCCGGGCAGCGAAGAAUGCUUUCUUUGAAUGUUAUUCCCUCACCCUCUGUCACUUUCGUCAAAUCCAACCACCAAUCUUCCGUGAAUGCAUCUUCGCUUUUCCAUCCAAAUCUUCUCACCAGGUUUCACGCCCAUAAGAACCUCCAGUGCUGUAGAACCACUUCUCGGCUUCAUGAAGCUGGUUCCAGAAUUUCCGUCUCAACCGAUUUCCAUGGCUUCCCAGGGGGAAUUCCUUUGCGACCCACAUCUCAGAUCCAAGAUUCAAUCACUACUUUAAGCCUGGUGAAUAAAGCCUUCGCUAAACCGUCGGGUUUUUCUGCGAAAUCCAGAUACCAAAUCGUUAGAGCAGCGUCUGAUGUCAAUCCUGAAGGAGAAAGUGCAGCUCCGAAUCCAAAGGCCAAGUCCUUGAAACUUGCUUUUGUUUUUGGGUUAUGGUACUUCCAAAACAUUGUCUUCAAUAUUUACAACAAGAAAGCGUUAAACAUUUUCCCAUUCCCAUGGCUUCUUGCUUCCUUCCAACUCUUCGUCGGGUCCGUUUGGAUGCUCGUGCUUUGGUCCUUGAAGCUCCAACAAUGCCCGAAAAUCUCAAAAUCUUUCAUCGUUGCUCUCCUUGGUCCUGCUUUAUUUCACACAAUAGGCCACAUCUCAGCUUGCGUUUCAUUUUCCAAGGUGGCUGUUUCCUUCACCCAUGUCAUCAAAUCUGCAGAACCAGUUUUCUCUGUGGUCUUCUCUUCGUUCCUUGGUGAUAAAUACCCCGUACAGGUUUGGCUGUCCAUUCUUCCUAUCGUGCUUGGUUGUUCUCUGGCUGCUGUUACUGAGGUGUCUUUCAAUGUACAAGGAUUGUGGGGGGCCAUGAUAAGUAAUGUUGGUUUCGUAUUGAGGAACAUAUAUUCUAAACGAAGUUUGCAGAAUUUCAAGGAAGUCGAUGGGUUGAAUUUGUAUGGCUGGAUUAGCAUUAUUUCAUUGCUUUACUUGUUUCCAGUGGCUAUAGCGGUUGAAGGAUCUCAGUGGAUUCCGGGGUAUUACCGGGCAAUAGAAGCUAUAGGCAAACCAUCCACAUUUUAUAUAUGGGUUCUGCUUUCUGGGUUGUUCUACCAUCUGUAUAAUCAAUCGUCUUAUCAGGCCCUGGAUGAAAUCAGCCCAUUGACUUUCUCAGUUGGUAACACAAUGAAGAGAGUGGUGGUGAUUGUAUCUUCCGUUUUGGUGUUCAGGAAUCCAGUUAGGCCUCUUAAUGCUCUGGGGUCUGCCAUUGCUAUACUUGGGACUUUCUUAUAUUCGCAGGCAACAGCGGCCAAGAAAGCUAAGAAAGCUGAUGGCCCAAAGAGCAUCUAGAGCCCAGAGGAAAAGGGGGAAAUGAAAGAGAGAAAUGUAGAGAAGUUGGUUGAAUAUUCUUGGCAAUAUUUAAUUUUUUUUUUCCCUUUUGAUUUAGAAAUUAACUAACUAAUGUCUACCUUGCUAUUUUACUUUGGACUAGGGUGAUGGUGCCUCUAUCUAGAUUAUAAAGCCAUUUAUCAUGACACUGAUCUGUUUUGUUCUUGCUGGGUUUCAUGUUAGAAUAUAUCAGGGGUUAGCUUUAACCUGACAAAGAUAACUAAAAAACUGAGAUGGAAUGUUGGUUCAUGGCAAUGUUGAUUUACUGCUAUAUCGGUCAGUUCAUCACAGAUUUUUCUGGUUGCUACUUUUGUGUCUGUUGGGUUAUGUGCAUGUGUCAAAAUUCCUAUUGUUGUCUUGUUUUAUGCAUGUGUCAAAAUUCCUAUUGCUGUCCUGUUUGCUCUUAUUCAUUGCAUGCCGUCUUUGCUAUUUUUGUGCUUGCAUUUAUUUUCUAACAUAGUAGACAUCAUUUUGUUUUGUAAAUACGAAUCAUAAACGUCAGUGAUCACUUUCCUUUGUCAGUCAGCCCCUGAGUCUCCACCCCCGUUGCGCUUUUGUAACUUGGCUUUUCAAUAAUCUAGCAUUCAUUAGACUUUACUACUGAUCGCUUAUGGUGAGCUGAUAUGGUUUAAGAAAUCGUCAAACUUCGAUGCUCAACACCAGCUAAUUGUUGCAGGGAUGAGUUCCUUGGCCAGUAGGGGCCUUUUAAUUUUCACUCUUUUCACCCCAUGUUUCAGUGUGUUAGAUAAUGCAACUUACUGCUAUCAACAUUUAGAGCUCGGUUUUUCUUAUGUUCUGAAAUCUGUAUUAAUUUGAUCAUAGACAAUCAAUGCCUCAGAACACAGAAUUAAAAGGCACAAUCCUGGUGACAACUUUCACUCUUUUCACCCUUUUUUAACCUGGACUGCUGCCUCACUUCAUUCUUCAUGUUUUUCUUUCUUUUUUUCUUUGGGUCACUUAUUCUCAACUUUCGAGUCAUGUUCUUGCAUCAUGAACAUAAGGGAUGAUCAGAAUUUUUCUUGUCUUGUGGGAGAUGUAUUUUUCUUAGCGAAAUGAUGGCGAACCUUGUUUUUCCAUUUAGCAGAAUUUUGAACCAUGGACUUUCAUCCGGCCCAAUUUUUUAGUUUUGUGUUGAAGCGUUUAGGCCUAAGCAAGCAAUAGAUCACAACACAUAUAUAUAAUUUCCUUCCUUUAUUUUUGUUGGGAAUCUGUCAUAUCGCUUGAAAGAUGGAUUGAGAAUCUCAAAUUAGAUUCUAGGUUGUGUAAGUAUGGACACCAUAGUUGGACAAAAUAUUGAUACGGGAUCUCUAAAUUACAAGUGUAGUCGAUUCUUGCUGGCGCCCAUUGGCUCGGCGAGAGAGCAGAGAGGAUCAUUUUGCCGAUCUCACAGUGAUUGGGCAGAGAAAACCGGGUUUCACUUUGCACAGAGGUUUCUCCGUACAAAUAUCGAAGAACCUUUUGAUGCCGCAGCUUUUACUUUCAUCCAUGCGACGAAUACCGAUUUACAUCGAUACCCUGACAGAUUGCACCGUGUGGAGACCGGAGAGAUCGAACCUUUUACCAAUUAUUGAGUUCAAUAUUGUGGCUACAGAGUUAUGAUGUAAUGAUUUCCCUUGAUCAUGAUAAACGUUCAAAAGA